CUGUAUGUAUUUUUAUGGGGGUAAAAAAUGUACAUUUUUCAGAAAAAAACUGUGGGUAGAGAAAAAGCCAUGAGUGUGUUUGAUGUUUUAAGGCUGGAACUUGAGACCGGCAAUUCCCACCUUUUCAUAUUUAUCCACAUUUAUACAUAUAUUUAUACAUACAUCUAUGUGUGUGUGUGUGUGUACACUAUGGAGGCUAGGAAAAGGUAGGCAGAAUGCUUUACAGGGAAAAAAGAACUGAUCUGAUCUUUACCAUUUUGCAAAGGCAGGCAUAUAUAUUUGCACAUGUGAAUCUGUUUGGCUGGUUGGAAAAGCAAUCGCAUUUGGAUUGUCCUUGGAUCCUGUUUCUGCUUCAAUUUCUUGAGAAAUGGGUUCAUCGGAUCGACUGUUUAACAGGCAGAGAACUGUUCAUCAGAUCCUCGGAGGAGGGCUUGUUGCAGAUGUGAUGCUGUGGAGGAGAAAGAAUCUGACGGUGGGGAUUCUGGUGGUAACUUUGGCUGCUUGGUUGGUGUUUGAGAAAUCCGGUUACACACUUUUAUCACUUGUCUCUAGUGUUCUCUUGCUCCUACUAACCAUUCUGUUUUUAUGGGCCAAAUCCGCAGCAAUUCUGAACCGACCUGCUCCGCCACUCCCAGAUUUGCACCUCUCAGAAGAGGCAGUGAACGAGAUAGCAGCUUUCAUCCGCGACCAUGUAAAUGCAUUACUCUCGAUCUCCAAGGAUAUCGCGCUAGGGAAGGACACAAGAAUGUUCUUGAAAGUGGCUGCUCAUCUAUGGCUAAUUUUCGUCGUAGGGGGCUUCACUGACUUCCUUACCUUAGGCUACACCAGCCUUGUUCUUCUUCUUACAGUUCCAGUCCUCUAUGAGAAGCACGAAGAUCGUGUGGACACGUGGAUACUGGUCGCUUGCAGGAAGGCACGGCAGUUGUAUCUACGAUUCGAUGUGGAGAUUCUGGGUAGGAUCAAGAAGUGGAUUUUGGAGAAGCAGAAGUUAAGCUGAAUUGGGGCAGCAGAGUUCCAAGUUCUUUCUUUUGUUUUUGUGUUCUUGCCAUAUUUGCAGAGUGAUUUCUUCCCUUUUGAAUCAUUUCCAUGCUUAGUUUUGACCAGAGAGCAUUAGGAAUUUAUCUUUGCUGCAAUGGUGAUCGAUUGGAUUUGCAAUCUUCCAUUGGAGACGAGGUUGUUUUGGCCACAUUCAAAGUGUAGACGAGGUUCUUUUGGCCACAUUAAAAGUGUAGUCUUUCCGGGACUUGCAGUUUGA